ACUAAACGGGUUCAGCAAGUCCACUGAUUGAUAUCUCCAUCGCCCAAAGGUGGAGACCUUGUCCUUAGGUAUGCGGGUGGCACUGCGAGUUUCGUGUCUAAAGCGACUUGAACGACUGCUACAAUAAGUUUACAGUAAACGUCAGCACUAACGCUGUGAUUGAGACGCAGACUGAGACGCGCCCUGUCUGUCCUAUAGGCUGAACCUGAGCGAGGUGACGCGUGGAAGGAAGCGACGCCAUGCGCUCAGUCCGCUCGACACUGCUCACAUCACCAUAGCGUCAUAUCCAACAUAUCAGCCGACAAAAACCUACACAGACAAUCGUGUGCUUUAGCGUUAUAUAGCUUGUACGUUCGAUACCUUUCGAGGUGCUAGCUGUGUUUGUGUCAUCACUCCGGCAACAGAAAAUGCUCGAGUGUCUUUGUGGGAACUGGUGCUUGCGUGUGUUUGAAGGAAACAAAUCGACGUGGUAUUUUCUGCUCUUGCUGCUCGUCUAUGUGCUUUAUCUCAUUUUUGGGGCUGUCGUUUUCUCUCUGGUGGAAUUGCCGUAUGAGGACUUGCUCCGUAAAGAGCUCAUUGACGCGAAGCAGCAGUUUCUGCGUGAAAAUGAAUGUUUAUCUGAAGAGAAACUGGAGGCUUUUCUGUCCAGAGCGCUGCAGGCGAAUAAUUACGGCGUGUCCGUAUUAAAUAACAACACAACCAACUGGAACUGGGAUUUCACCUCAGCGCUAUUUUUCGCCAGCACAGUUCUCUCCACGACAGGGUAUGGCCACACAGUUCCUCUGUCAGAUGAGGGAAAAGCCUUUUGCAUCUUCUACUCUGUGGUUGGAAUCCCAUUCACCCUCCUGUUCCUGACCGCUGUGGUGCAGAGGGUUAUGGUGUUCAGCACUCGACGGCCUGUAGCCUUCAUACAGCGCCACUGGGGUCUGUCCAAGUCUCUGGUGACAAGUGUGCAUGCAUUCGUGUUAGCUGUCGUCAUUGUCUCCUGCUUUUUCCUCAUCCCUGCUGUAAUCUUCUCUGUGAUGGAGGAGAACUGGAACUUCCUGGAGUCUUUCUACUUCUGCUUUAUCUCACUCAGCACCAUUGGCUUGGGUGACUAUGUGCCAGGAGAGGGCUACAACCAGAAGUUCAGGCAGCUGUAUAAAGUGGGAAUUACUGUCUAUCUGUUACUGGGCCUAAUCGCCAUGCUGGUGGUUCUGGAGACAUUAUGUGAGCUUCAGCAGUUGAAGAAACUAAGAAAGUUAUUUUAUCUCAAGAAAGAGAAACCUGAAGACCAGCUUACAAUCAUGGAACAUGAUCAUCUCUCUUUCACCUCUAUGUCUGAUCAAGGAGCCCCAGUCAGAGACUAUAAGACAGAUCUUUCCCCUGACAUAUCCCCAAUAUCAGCCUGUGAUUCUCCUGUCAUUAGGUAAGGUCCUAAGCAAAUGUCAGAUUUGGAUAGUGAAUAAUCAAUGCUUCUGAAGUAGAUUAGUAGUACUUGAAAUAAUGGUUGGAAUACAUGCCGACUUUUACAAAAUGGACCUAUGAUUGUAGCAUUCAUAGCAUAGCUCAUCAUUGUGUAAUAAUAAAUUAUGAGACAGGAAUAUGUCAUGUAAAGUUUUUAAAUUGUUCGUAGAAUUGAAUUUGUCCUUAACAGCUUUUAGGUACUAAAUAUCUACAGUAUAGGGACAUGCAGAGUACCUUAGUAAUUUUAAGUAUUUAAAAGUGAUAGAAAUGUGUUAAAAAGGGAUAUAUCAUAAAUAAGAAAUCAACAUCAUUGAUCAUUCUGUGAAUGUGUAUUGAUAGAUACCUAAUUAAGCACUUUUCCUGUGUGUGUAUACGUGUUACCAGUGCCACCACUGUAAGUGAGCUGUAAUUAUAAAUCAAAAUUAUUAUUAUUAGUCAAAAGUUUGGGCACGCAUGCUCAGAGAGGAUUUCUUCAUUUGUAUUAUUUUUCACAUUUAAAAAUAAUAAGAGUCACCAAAAUUCUGAAAAACAUAGAGUAUAGAGGCAGUGACCAUUAAUUAAACAAAUUAAAUGAUUUAACAUUUUAGAUUCUUUUUAGCCUUGAUCUCACACACUUUACAUGCCCCCGUCUCUCUUCUCAACUGCUUUUUAUAAACGUUGUAUUAUUAAUACCCCCCACCCCCACCCUUCACUUUAACAUGGAUGUAGGGGUUGUGGUUUUUGAUUGGUAUGUGUAGGUGUGUGCAUGUGGGUUGGGUGGGUUGGAUAUAAAUGAUUAUUUUCUUUUUCUUUGGUAAAUGGCAGUCACAGGAAAACAUUAGGGGAAAAACUGAGCAACUAAAAUGCAAAAUAAGUUCCAAAAACUAAAAAACAUAAAAUGGAGAACAGCAGGAAACGCAUGACGAGGACUUAGCAAGCAUGGACGGUAAUUGGUGGGAACGGGAUAAGGAUUAGGAAGGGAAAACAUUCCCAAUCAUUAAUUUAAGAUGAAUUAUAAUCCCUUUUACUGUUUCCCACGUACGAACGGGGAUGGGGGAAAAAUAAAUAUAAGUAAAUAUAAACUUUAAUACAUUUAAGAUUAAAUGUGUUUCAUGCAGACACUUAUAGAUCAAAAGUGUAUUUUAAAAAUGUUUAAGAUAUUAAAAAUGCUAAACAAACAUUUAACAAGCUGUGUCCAAACUUUUGACUGCUGCUGUACUGUAAUGUCAUUAAUGUAGUUAAUUGUUGUGAGUAAAUACUGACGUCACGCAAUAUAGGAACAUCUUUAAAGCAGAAGAAGGCGAAAACACACCAUAUAUCCUGUAUUCAUAUAUGAUUUGCAUUAACUGAAACAGACUGGAUCUUAAUGCUGUUAUAAUGCUGUAUUAGCUGAUGUUGCAGUAGUAAAUACUGUAGUUUUUCACUUGAGGGCACUGUUUUGCAUUCUAUGUGCAGUACGAUGAAGGGCAAUUACAAAAUCAAUUCUACAGACAUGUUUUCAGAUUGUGGUAAUGAAAACUAGCUUGAAGCUACAAUUCCCAUGAUUGGGAUAAUACAUCAUUCUUUUUUGUAAUCUGUUUCUGUAACGUUGUUGCGGUGCUUAUAGCUUGUUUGGUACAGUACAUGAAGGUGUAUGCUUUAAGACAGGGUAUUAAAGAAUCACUGUUACAAAAUUCUUAUGAUCAUUUUGUAUGUUGGAAUUCGUGUAUGUAAAGCUUCAAAAUUGUGAAUAAAAAGUGCUGUCAUUUAAAACUAUAA